CGCUCGCACUUGAUAAUUUUAUAUCAGUUCCGAAAUGAAUUUCCUUGUACUCAGCUUGGUUUUAUCCAUAGGGUCACUGGCCCACUCUCUUCCUUUCAUUAAAAUUCCGGUGGAUGACAUCGUACUUAUCCCCGAGCAGAUGGAAUUUUUUGAAGGAAACCAAGCAUCACGAGUUGUUAAAUCGUGGUCACAGUAUUAUUGGAAGCAAAGUACUUUGGUCUAUAGCUUCGGUGGAGGAUUUUCUUUGUUGGACAAAUAUCGCAUUGAAAAAGCCAUGUUGGAAAUAUCAUCUCAGACCUGUGUAAAAUUUCGCCGGACAGGAAACCCUCGAGAGCCACAGGUUAUCAUCCAAAGGCAGGGUUCUGGCUGCUAUUCCUAUGUGGGAUACUUGGGUUGGACUAACCAGGUUCUCAAUCUGGCCAGGGGCUGUAUGUCUAGUGAAACCAUCCAGCAUGAACUACUUCACGCCUUGGCCUUUUAUCAUACCCAAAGUGAUCCACAACGGGAUAGUUAUGUCAAGAUCCAAACGGAAAACAUAGUGCCCGGCCGUGAAAACAACUUCAAGAAGCUUCUGGCAAUUGGAGUGACUAGUUUUGGCCUGGACUAUGACUACGACAGUAUCAUGCACUAUGGUCCUUUUGCGUUCUCCAAGAACGGAAAACCAACUAUUGUUCCUCUAAAAGCGGAUGCGAAAAUUGGCCAAGCAACACGACUGAGCCCGAAGGAUAUUGAAACACUAAACCGGAUGUAUUGCUAAUUUAAUAAUCCUAUGAGCAAGAAUUUAAGAGGCUUAUGGAUCACCUGAAGAUUAAAAAAGGUUCUCCAUGAAAUUAAAAAAUUAAAUUAAUUUUGUUAAGUUUAACAUGAAGAGAAAAAGAAAAUAAAUGACUUUCCUUUUAGCUACAUAUCUCAUAUACCGUGAGUAUAGAAAAACA